AUGAGUGUUGUGCAUUCUCCUAAGACGAACAAAGAUCAGGACAAUACCCCUACAACAACUGCAGCAUCGACUUCAUCUACACUUCAGAGUGCCCUCGCUCCUCCACCGCCUCCACGUUCUCCAAGAAUAAGCGGUCGCGUCGUCAGGAAGAAUCUCUUUCAACAAUCAGAAUCCAGAGAAACAAAAGGCACAAUCAUGCCCGCCACCGCUGACGCUCUAAAAAACAAACGACGUUAUUUCAAGGCCAGAUUAACCAAAAUGAAUAACUGGUUAAAAGGCGAAGAAAUCCAGACAGCAGUUAUAGAAAUAUUGGAGAUGAAACUCGCAGACCUCCUCAUAAAAUUCUCGGAAUGGGAAGCUGAGCAUUCUCAACUCUUGCUCCUCGAUAUGGACCACGAGGAAGAACAUAUCGAUGAAGGCGACGCCAUCAUGGAGACCUACUUCAAGAUCGCCGGUGAGUUGAAAAAUUUAAUUAAUCAGAGGUCGCAAACUCCGUCAUCGGUUCGUCAGAUGAAUUCUCAACAGUCAGACGAACACUACCAAUCAACUUCCGCCAAACUACCUGAAAUUACGCUGUCUACCUUUGAUGGCAGUUUCGAGGAAUAUCGAAGUUUUCACGACGAGUUUAAAGCUGUCAUCCACGACAACAAAAGACUCCAGAAGGUGACGAAAUUUCAAUAUUUUAAAUCUUGCCUCACCGGAGAAGCCCACGAUCUCAUCAAGGAUUUAGAUAUUACUGAUGAGAAUUACGACAUCGCAUGGAAUCUAAUUGAGCAAAAUUAUAAUAACCCUCGCCUUAUUCUCCGACGUCAGUGCACAAUUCUGCUGGAUCUUUAUAAAAAUAAAGAUUCUCCUCAUUCACUUCUCAAAAUUGUUAAUGCCGUUCGAUCACAAUUAAGGCCGCUAGAUUCUCUCGCAAGUAAGGAGGAACAAUACAAUGCGUUUCUCAUCACGAUUAUUUUGGAUCGUGUGAACGAUGAAGUGGCCUACGAAUGGGAAACUUGCCGUUUAUUGCUUGCUAUUUGCCGUCUCUUCCUAAAUUUACCGAUCUAA